GGAGCCCUUCGAUUCAUUCGCUCGUGUUCUUCUCCGUAUAGCUACACUGGCGCACUUUCUUCUUUAGAAGUUAUAACGUUAAACCAUUUCCCAUUAAGUUUUAAGACAUAUUUCAAGUUGAAGCAAACAAACAUGGCAAAGAGUGAUGCAACCAAAACCGUGAAGAGGGACGGAAGGAUUGUGAUUGAAGACGACUGGCCUGGCUACAGCUUAGACCUCUUUACGUACCCAGAACACUACUAUGGGGAUUUAGAAAGCGUCUACAUCCCCCAUGGCGUCAUAAUGGACAGGACGGAGCGGUUGGCCAGAAACAUCAUUGAUGACAUCGGGCACCACGAUAUGGUGGUGCUGUGCGUGCUGAAGGGCGGGUACCAGUUCUGUGCUGACCUGGUGGAGUUCAUGAAGGCCUUGAGCCACAACUCCAGCAGAUCCCUGCUCAUGAGGGUCGACUUCAUCAGGCUCAAGAGCUACUUAAAUGACCAUUCCACUGAAGACCUCCACAUACUGGGUGGGGAGGAUCUCUCUGUCCUGAGUGGGAAGAACGUUUUGAUUGUAGAGGCUAUAGUGGACACUGGAAAGACCAUGAAGGCUCUUCUGAAGCACGUUGAGGCCUUCCAGCCAAAGAUGGUGAGAGUGGCCGGUUUGCUGGUGAAGAGGGUGCCCAAUGGAGUUGGAAGUCUUCCUGACUAUGUGGGAUUUGAGAUCCCAAAUCAUUUCGUCGUUGGUUACGCCUUGGACUACAACGAGUAUUUCCGAGACCUCAAUCAUAUAUGUGUAAUUAGUGAACAAGGGAAGAUGAAGUACAAGAUUUGAGGACCACAAACAGCAGCCUUUGGAAAAUACCACUGACUUUCUCGUGACAUUUGGACUUACCACUGAAACUCUAUUGCUCUAAGGAUUGGUUUAAACCCUUUUGCUGCCAUAAUGUGUACUCCAGUGUAUAGCAAUGCUCCUGAUGUGCCUUUAAGAUUACAAAAAAAGGCAAAUAUAAAAUUCUGUUUUUUUAAAACUAUUUUUUAUGCUGUGAACUUUUUCCAUGCUGCCUACAACGUGCUUACUUGACAGUGAAAUUAAUAUGGAAAUGUCUGCCAAUUUAAAAAUGAUACAGUUGUCAGUUCCUCAGCUUAUUUGAGGUUUAUUGAAUUAACUUGACAUUCUAAAGCCUACGGUAUGUUCUAAUUUUGUAAUGUGAUAUUGUGCCUUUUGACAAUCUACAAAUUUAUCUUCAGUAUAAAUAUUGUGAUGUCUAAGGGCUGGGUGUACUACUGCCUAUCCUUUGUUCUAAAUUCAUGUGGUUCAAAUCGAAUAGUUUUAUACAGAUAUAAUGUGUACAAGUUACAGGCUAAUAAGUAGAUUUAUUGAACUGAUUUACACUGAAUUCAUUGUAAAUAAAUUUUGAAUACAUGGAG